AUGGAUCAAGAAAUUAAGUUAUUUGGUGAAUCACUCUAUAUCCCUAUGGAGAAUUCAGAGAAAAAUGUGAACCAGUUAGCGGACGAUUGUGAAUACUAUGAAUUUGAUGGAAAAACGUACAUGAAGUUUGUGACGAGUUCGCCUAUGCAAUUAACCAACAUUUACGAAACUCAGGAGAAAACGGCGAAUGGUGACAUGGAGCAACAAAUGGGAAAUGAUUCAGGAUACACAUCACCUAUGAAUAUUGUGCCAGAACAAAGCCUGACAAGCACGUAUCAACCAACAGAUUCGAAGAUUGAUGAAGAACAAUCAUUACAAAAUACGUUUGUGGAAAAUUGUACGGAAUAUGUACCACAUUCUAAUAAUUUCAUGCAUCAAAUCAUGGAUACGAACACAAACAACGUGAACAGUAAUUUCACACCGACACUCCAUGUCCAGCCAAACAUAAUUGGAUAUCCACAUCAUUUAUCGCAUCCAGAUGUAUCGUUACCGUAUAAUUAUCUACAAUCGUCGCCUUCCACGGCCAGUCUCCAAUCACAAUACGGAGAGCCAGUAUCUUCAAGUAAUUUACUACACUCGGAUUACAUAUCGUCUGUAAAUGUCCUGUCACAACAAAAUCAGGUAGAAUCAGUAACUGCAUAUCAACAAACCGUGGCAAAUAAUGAUGCAGAACAAUCACCAUAUAAUACAUUAGUUUACGGUAACGACAACAACGCAUACGUUCAGGGUAUCUGGUAUACACAACACGGUCAACCAAUUUACCUGGUGCCGGAACAAAAACAAUCAACUUCAUAUAUCCAAUCCAACCAUCAACAAAUAUCACCAUCAACGUGUAGCUCUUCAUCAGAAACCCACUAUGAAGAAUCAUUGCCGUCAAACAAUUCCUCACAUUUUGAUUAUCAGCAGCCGUCAACUUCACAUGCAGAAGGUGCAUCUCUAGGUGAUCACAUCGAUAAUGGCGUUCAUCCAGAAACUGCUUCAAAGUCGACCCCGUCUUCGGAUUCAACUAAAACAUCGAAACGAUCCUAUAGAUCAAAACCAAUUCGCAGCGAAAAAAUCCAAAGAGCUGUUAGACGAAGUGUGGUCAAACACAGUGAUUUUCCGUGUACCACAUGCGGCACGUACUUGAAAUCAAGGCAGGGAUUGAAGCAACACAACAGAAGUAUCCAUUCAGGCUACGAGCAUAGGUGCUCUAUGUGUGGUAAGCGAUUCGCUACGGAAGAAAUACUUGAUGAGCAUAUUGCUAAACAUAAACUCACCGAAAAGCCGUGGAAGUGCGAGUUGUGUCCGAAUUCAUACAUUAACAAGCCAGAUCUCAAACGCCAUCUGCUAGAUCACAAUCCAGCCACCAAACCACACGAAUGCGACAAAUGUGGGAAGAGAUUUAGUCGUUCCGAUCAGAGGGAUCAACACAUGGAAUCCCACGAGCGCAAGGAAGCGAAACGCGAGCAGUAG